AUGGCUUGGUAUAAGAGUUUGGCACCAGGAUCCAUCGAUUCCUGGUCAGAUAUAUGCGCCCGCUUCCGGGCUCACUUCACAUCUUUGAGGCGCCAUCCAAAAACAGAAGCGACCCUCGAAGCCAUCAUUCAAGGUGAAACCGAGCCCCUCAGGUCCUACCUCGAACGGUUCAACAAAGCGGCCGUCGAGGUAAAGGUCGAGGAGAGCAUGAAGCUGUACCUCCUCGACAGGGGACUCCGUCGAGAUAGUGACUUCGCCAAAGCUGUUGGCAUAGAAGAGCCGAAGACACUAGACGCUUUCUUCGAAAAGGCAAAGAAAUACAUCGCCUACGAAGAAAAGCAGAAGGCCAUAGAUCUGAGGAGGCCUAAAAGCCAAGAAAAACCCAGGAACCACGAGAAGGAUGAAGCUGGGACCUCGCGAAGAGGUAACGAAAAAGGAAGAGAGGAGAGGAUCAAAGAGUCCAAACCUCCUCGUGGAAAGUUUACAACAUACACUCCACUGAACGCUCCAAGAGAUCGAAUUUUUGCUGAAGUCUCCGCUGCGGACUUCAAGAAAGCUGGGAUCCAUUUCCCAAGACAGCAGCCUAUGAAGGCAAAUACUGAUAAGACAAAAUUCUGUCGAUAUCAUAAAAGCCAUGGACACGUCACCGAAGACUGUGUCCACCUAAAAGACGCCAUCGAGAUUCUGAUACAGAAGGGAUAUGCCCGAAGAUACGUUCAGAACGGCGAACAAGUACAACAACAGCGGGAGCCUCAAGAGGUCGCAAUGGCCAUUGAUGUCUCCGAGCAAGAAAACAACCGAGGCGUAGUCCCUCAGGCCCUUGCCAUUUCGGCACCAGAGAUCCCACUCCCCUCCCCAGGAUCGGAUGAAGGAGCACUCAUGAGGCAUUUUAACGCCCAUAUGAAUGGCUCAUGGGAGAAUUUCCCCAAAGCACUAAUAAUAACAGGGGGGGCUCAACAAAGUCACCAUCGGCUCCGUGAAAAGAAAAUUUGA